AUGGAGGUAUUUCAGGCCCAGUAUAUCCCCGACCAGGAGGAUCCGAAACCGGAACAUCUGUUUGCUGGUAUGACCACCAAGGCGUUGAUUUCGUCUUGGCCGCCCGUGGGUCAGGUGUCGGAGACUUUGAAUGGGCAAAUCUCCUUCACGGUCCUUCUGGAAACUGAUGAAGGAGGGGUUUCUGCAGCUUGGGAGGUUUCGGUUUGGUACUCAUCAGGCGACUCCUGGAAGGAGACCCCUCUGUCAAGGAAGGACGCCCUGGACAAACCAAAAUCAGUAGAGGGCCGCUUCCAUUCGUACUUCACGGGAUCACUAGACACCACAUCCACCGUUACCUUCACAAUUAAGUUUAAAAAGGCCGGAGAGGAGACAUGGAGGUGGGUUAAGGAGCAUCAGGGCAUCGGUGACGGUAUUGUGGUGUGGAAAGGCCAAGCUGCACAAUCCGCAGCCGUGGAAGACUUCGGAGAGCUCGUUGAGGACCUGAACUCCGAGUUCAAGGUCCAGAAGGUAAGGAGCCAAUCCCCGGGUACCGAGUUAUGGAGCGUGGAGGCCUCAGUCGCUUCAGCCGAAGGAGAGAAAUCGACUUUCUCGAGUACUAAGAUAGGGAAACCAUGGUCAGGGGAUUUUGUGCGGUGGUUUGCCCUUAUAAGGACUUGGACUGCAUGGUUGGCUCCACGACAAGGCUCCAGUUUUGAGCUUGACAAGGAGGCCAUAGUCUGUUCCUUCCUAGAGCGGAGAGGUGGAAGACAUUUGGUAUUUUUGGCUGUCAGCGGGAUAGAUGAUGUAUCCGCCCUUUUCAGGAGCGACGCCGCAGGAAAUAUAACACUGGAGGCACGAAACGAUGGCCCCAAAGCAGGCAUUGCUCGGAUUAUCGUGGCUCUUGGGAAUGACUUUGAAUCCGCUAACGCUGCAGCGAUGUACCAUGCUCGAGACCUCGUCCAGGAUCUGUCUCUGGCUAUAGGUGAGGAAAAGCAGGAGUUAAUGGCGCUAAAAGACGACGUCAAGCCGCAGUGGAUGGAGAAUUGGUUUGAUGGGUUGACAUACUGCACAUGGAACGGCCUUGGUCAGAACCUCACCGAAGAGAAGAUAUAUAACGCCGUCGACACCUUGGCGGCGAACAAUAUUAAUAUUUCCAACCUCAUCAUUGAUGAUAACUGGCAGUCUGUCGAGACUCCGGCGGGAUCAGAAAACCAGUUCCAACAGAGAUGGCUUGAAUUCGAAGCGAACACCACCGGUUUUCCAAAGGGUCUCAAACACACUAUCACGAAUAUUCGCUCGAAGCAUCCUAACAUACAGCACAUCGCGGUUUGGCAUUCCUUGAUCGGAUACUGGGCUGGGAUUUCUCCCAACGGGAAGAUCGCACGAGACUACAAAGCCGUUGAAGUUGAGCGGGAAGAUUCUCUUCCCGCGAACCUCCCUAUGGACGGGAAAAUGACCCUCGUCGCUGCGUCCGAUGUCGGGAAAUUCUACAAUGACUUCUACACCUUUCUGACGGACUGCGGCAUCGAUGCUGUCAAGACAGACUCCCAGUAUCUGCUCGACACUAUCACUUCGGCUUCCGCCCGCGCAAGCCUAACCCACGCUUACCUCGAUGCCUGGUCGAUAGCCGGCCUGCGGCACUUUAGCGUGAAAGUCAUCUCGUGCAUGUCACAAACUCCCAACAUAAUCUUCCACUCGCAGCUCCCAUCCAACCGGCCUCCCAUCCUGGUGCGCAACAGCGAUGACUUCUUCCCUGAGAUUGAGAGCAGCCACGCCUGGCACGUCUUUACCAAUGCCUCUAACGCCCUCCUCACGCAGCACCUCAACGUGGUCCCGGACUUUGACAUGUUCAUGACCGUCCACGAGUAUUCCGCCUUCCACGCCGCGGCACGCUGUGUCUCCGGUGGACCCGUCUACAUCACCGACGUCCCAGGCGAGCACAACAUGCCCCUCAUCAAUCAGAUGACCGGCCCCACGCCCGCUGGAAAAUCCGUCAUCUUCCGCCCCUCCACCUUCGGCAAGACCCGAGACCCCUAUCAAGGUUACCAGGACCCUGUACUCCUCAAGAUCUCCACCUACCACGGAGCUGCUGUCACGGGAACCGGUAUGCUUGGACUCUUCAAUACCACCUCGGGCCCGGUCAACGAGCUGCUCCACCUCAGCCUCUUCCCCGGCGUCGUCGAGACCCAGCUCUACGUCGUCCGCUCACACGUAUCGGGGCUCGUCACGCCGCCGCUACAGCUCGUUGACUACCGCCCCGAGAGCCUCAUCUUCGCCUGCCUUGACGUUCGUGGCUACGAUAUCCUCUCUGCCUUCCCGCUGCGCGGGUUUGUGCGACCGUCGAGCAAGGAGGACGACACGCUGUGGGUGGCGAGUCUGGGGCUGUUAGGGAAGAUGAGCGGAGCUGUCGCAGUGGUGUCGUCUGAGAUGACGCUCCUUGAGACUGGGCGAAUUGAGAUUGUCUCGUCGCUGAAAGCGCUGGGGGUAUGGGGAGUAUACCUUUCCAACCUCCCCUCUCUCCAACCCUCUCUCGAAUCAAGCAUCCUUGUCACCAUCCUCGGCCAGGUAAUCCCAUUCGCCGCCGUCAGCAUUAACGCGCACAGCCCGAACGUUCUCGAGAUCGACAUCCAGCGCGCCUGGACCGAGCUCUGCCUCAAGGCAGGCUACAGCAAUGAGGUGCAAUGCCUUAUUCUUAUUCUAUAUGCACUCAAGAACAAGUCCGAUAUUCUUGCGGACAUUCGAAGGACGGCGAAUUCGUCAAAUGCGAAGAACACAAGGGAAAAGAUAACGAAAGGUGCGGCAGCGGCAAACUACAAUACAGGUCCUGCAUCUAUGAGUCAAGAUGUUGACUCAUAG